AUGAAAGAUGACUGGCAUUCGCCCUUCCAGAAGCAUCUAAUCAUCCUGCCUCGAUCCGACUGCAUGGUCACAGCCGAGCGUGUACUCGGGCCUUCUACCUGGAAGAUCGCGGCCCCUCCAGGUGCUCGUGUUUUACUUCUUGAUGCGGAUACGAUCAUCGCUGCGCUCAGUGCAGCUGAACCAACAUUCGUCGGCCCCUGCAGACAGUUCAACGACAAGAAGCGGGAUCGACCGUUCAGCUUCCCUGCCUCAGAGGCCCUGGUUUGCUCCAUGUCGUCAAUGAACUGA